AUGGUUGUCAUAAUACUGCUCGUCACCCUCGUGUCGCUCACGCCGGUCUUCGCCCAGGUCAAUACAAGUUAUGUCGAUUACAGUAUCGUCGCCCAUCCGGACCUGUCUCCCUUGAGCACCGAUCUGGUCGACUUCUCGUUCCCAGACUGCUCCAAUGGCCCCCUGCGCGAGAGUCUGGUCUGUGACCGCACUGCCAACGCCCAUGAUCGAGCGGCUGCCCUGACAUCCAUGAUGACUCUUGAAGAGCUCAUCAGUAGCACGGGGAACCGCAUCCCUGCCACCCCUCGCCUGGGACUUCCCCCUUAUCAGAUUUGGAAUGAAGCACUGCACGGCCUGUAUCUCGCCAACUUCACCGAUUUUGGGCCAUACAGCUGGUCCACCUCCUUUCCAUCCCCCAUCCUGACCAUGGCGGCCCUCAAUCGCACUCUAAUCCACCAGAUUGCCCAGAUCAUCGCGACCCAAGGGUGCGCCUUCAAUAAUGCAGGCCGGUACGGGUUAAACGCGUACUCGCCCAAUAUCAACGCCUUCCGACACCCGGUCUGGGGCCGUGGCCAAGAGACCCCCGGGGAGGACGCGAAUUGCCUGUGCUCCGCGUACGCCUACGAGUACAUCACCGGGCUGCAGGGCAACGCGACGCAUCCUAAGAUCAUCGCCACCGCCAAGCACUACGCCGGCUACGACCUUGAAAACUGGCACCAGCGGUCGCGCUUCGGCAACGAUCUGAACAUCACCCAACAGGAUCUCGCCGAACAUUUCACCCCGCAGUUUGUGGUCGCGGUCAGGGACGCGCAAGUCCGCAGCGUGAUGCCGUCCUAUAAUGCAGUCAACGGGGUGCCCAGCUCCGCCAACACCUUCCUUCUCCAGACCCUCGUCCGCGACUCGUGGGGCUUCAUCGAAGAUGGAUUCAUGUCGUCCGAUUGUGACGCGGUGUACAAUGUCUUCAAUCCGCACGGGUACGCGGCCAAUCUGUCGAGCGCCUCGGCCAUGUCCUUGCGCGCCGGCACGGAUAUCGACUGCGGGAUCUCGUACCUCACCACUCUCAAUGAAUCCUUGAUACAGGGUCAAUUGUCCCGGGGAGAGCUUGAGCGGGCGGUAACCCGGUUCUACUCGAAUCUUGUCAGCGCGGGCUACUUUGACGGACCGGACGCGCCGUAUCGCGAUCUGAGCUGGGCGGAUGUUGUCCGCACCGACGGCUGGAAUGUGGCGUACGAGGCGGCGGUGGCCGGGGUUGUUCUCCUCAAGAACGAUGGCGUUCUGCCGCUCUCAAAGAGCGUGCAGCGGGUGGCCCUAAUAGGACCGUGGGCGAAUGCCACGGAGCAAAUGCAGGGUAACUACCACGGCGUCGCACCCUACCUCACCAGCCCCCUCGCUGCGAUGCAGGCAUCCGGGCUGGAGGUCAACUAUGCCUUCGGGACCAACAUCACGUCCAACGAUACUACUGGCUUUGCCGCCGCGCUCGCUGCUGCAGAGAGGUCCGAUAUUAUCAUUUUCGCCGGUGGGAUCGACAACACCCUGGAAGCCGAGGAGCUGGACCGCGAGCGCAUCGCCUGGCCUGGAAACCAGCUCGAGUUGAUUCACCGGCUCGGGGAUCUCGGCAAGCCGCUGGUGGUGCUGCAGAUGGGCGCCGGCCAAGUGGACUCGUCCUCACUGAAAGCCAGUGAGAGGGUCGGGGCCCUGCUUUGGGGCGGAUACCCCGGCCAGGCCGGCGGUCAGGCGCUGUGGGACGUCCUCACCGGCCAGCGAGCACCGGCGGGUCGACUGACCACGACGCAGUACCCUGCAGAGUACGCUCUGCAGUUCCCGGCCACGGACAUGAGCCUGCGGCCCCGCGCCCUCGCUGAGCCCGCGCAAGAACAAGAAGGCUCCUUUGACAUUGGCGCCCUCCUCGCCCGGCCUCAUGUUGGGUACAACCUCGCUGAGCAGCUUCCCAUCUUGAACUUCACCGUCGAGGUCACCAACACCGGCGAGGUGGUCUCCGACUACACGGCCAUGGUCUUCGCCAACACCACUGCGGGUCCCCGUCCGUACCCGAACAAAUGGCUCGUUGGGUUCGACCGCAUCGGACCACUGGUCCCGCAGGUGUCAAAGCGCUUGUCAGUCCCUGUUUCGCUGGAUAGUCUCGCCCGCACCGACGCGCAGGGCAACCGCGUCAUUUAUCCGGGAUCCUACGAGCUGGCGCUAAACAACGAGCGAUCGGCGGUGCUGGCGUUAACAUUGACAGGUAAUGCCACUACGCUGGUUCAGUGGCCAUUCCAAUAG